AUGGCCAAUCCACCCCACGGCGGAGUCCUCAAGGACCUCCUCGCUCGAGAUGCCCCUCGUCAUGCCGAGCUUGAAGUUGAGGCAGAGAAACUGCCUGCGGUCGUCCUCACCGAGCGCCAGUUGUGUGAUUUGGAGCUCAUUAUGAAUGGCGGCUUCUCACCGCUCGAAGGGUUCAUGAACGAGAAGGACUACAACGGUGUCGUUGAGAACGUGAGACUCGCAAGUGGAGCGCUCUUCAGCAUGCCCAUCUGCUUGGAUGUCGGGGCCCAGAUCAUUGAACGUCUGAAGAUCAAGCCUGGGUCACGGAUCACUCUUCGAGAUUUCCGAGACGAUCGCAAUCUGGCUAUCCUCACGGUGGACGACGUGUACAAGCCAGACAAGAAUAAGGAGGCCCAAGAAGUCUUUGGGGGAGACCCGGAGCACCCAGCCAUCAAGUACUUGAUGCAGGCGACCAAGGAAUUCUAUAUUGGGGGCAAAAUCGAGGCUGUGAACAAGCUCAGUCACUACGACUACGUUGCUCUCCGAUACACGCCUUCGGAACUCAGAGUGCACUUCGAGAAGCUCGGCUGGACUCGUGUGGUGGCUUUCCAGACUCGAAACCCCAUGCACAGGGCACAUCGUGAGUUGACUGUACGCGCCGCCCGUGCUCGUCAGGCCAAUGUGCUCAUCCACCCUGUUGUGGGUCUGACGAAACCUGGUGACAUCGACCACUUCACUCGUGUCCGUGUCUAUGAAGCGCUUAUGCCCAGAUACCCCAACGGCAUGGCGGUUCUUGGUUUGCUGGGACUUGCAAUGAGAAUGGGAGGGCCUCGCGAGGCCAUCUGGCACGCCAUCAUCCGAAAGAACCACGGCGCUACCCAUUUCAUCAUCGGCAGAGAUCACGCAGGUCCUGGCAAAAAUAGCUCCGGGAAGGAUUUCUAUGGUCCCUAUGACGCCCAGCACGCCGUCGAGAAAUACCGAGCUGAGUUGGGCAUUGAGGUCGUGGAAUUUCAGAUGAUGACCUAUCUUCCGGAUACAGACGAAUACCGGCCAAAGGAUCAGGUCCCCGAAGGUGUCAAGACCUUGGACAUCUCUGGCACCGAGUUGCGCAGACGUCUAAGAGUUGGUGCACCCAUCCCAGAAUGGUUCUCCUAUCCUGAAGUCGUCAAGGUGCUGAGAGAGUCAAAUCCUCCUCGCGCGAAGCAAGGCUUCACCAUUUUCCUGACCGGCUAUCAAAACUCCGGCAAGGACGCCAUCGCACGAGCCUUGCAAGUCACCUUCAACGAACAAGGCGGUCGCCCUGUCACCCUACUUCUAGGUGAAACUGUCCGUCACGAGUUGUCCUCCGAACUUGGGUUUACAAAAGAGGAUCGCGACACUAACAUUGCGCGUAUCGCCUUUGUUGCCGCAGAAUUGACCAAAGCUGGUGCUGCUGUGAUUGCUGCACCAAUAGCACCAUUCGAAGAGGCCCGCCAGGAGGCUCGAGAGACCAUCCAGCGAUUUGGUAGCUUCUUCUUGGUUCAUGUUGCAACCAGCCUGGAGUACUGCGAGAAGACGGACAAGCGUGGAGUGUAUGCGCGAGCUAGGAGGAAUUCAAUCCGGAACUUUACAGGUAUUAACGAUCCGUAUGAGAAGCCCGAGGAUGCGGACUUGACCGUGGACUGUGAGAAGCAGUCCGUGAGGAGUAUCGUCCACGAAAUUGUCUUGAUGUUGGAGAGCCAGGGCUUCUUGGGCAAUGUGUAA